GUGAAAAUGUUUUAUCGAUAAUCAGCUUCCUUUCGUCGCUCAUGUCGCCGGAAGUCGUCAGAUCUCAUUGAAAAUGAACGGUCUCUGAUGGCAUUGCCGCUGCGAGUCGCUCUAUGUGUGAAAGUACCUUAAGUGAGUCACGCUGAAGCGUUUCCCACUUGUGAAUAACAGAAUGAUCCAGCAGGCGGCGGUGUUGUGAACAUGAACUCCUCUGUAAACUCAUACAUGAAGAAGACGAGGUUCAGGAUUUUUCCCCUCUGAGAGAACAGUUGAGCUUUCUCACUGAGAAACACAACCAUUUAAAAUGGAAUCUGCAGAGGUCCGACCAUGCUCUUCUAGAAAACCUCCACACACACCUGCUCCUGCUGGCUCACAGCUUUGUGGGGAUGUGCAGGCAGCAACUUGUAUGGCUUCAAAUGGAGGCUUUGUGGAACUCAUCACUCCUAUAGACCUUCAGAAAAAUGUAAAAAAGGAAGAACCUGCAGAUGAUGAAUACCUCUGUGAAGUGCUAUCUGACUCUGUGGGACACCUCACACCUGUGGACCAACAGAAUCAUGUGAAAAAGGAAGAACCUGAAGAACAACCCAAUUUCUGUAAUGGGACAUCAAACUCUAUGGAAAAUGUAGAUGAACACAGUGGAGGAUUUGAAAGAAAGCCUGUAAAAAAGGAAAAGUCUGAAGAUGAAGACCCCUGUACAACAACAGACUGGGACAUGGAUGAUGCCCAGGUACAAGUCUUCUCCUGCUCCUGGUGUUUACUUUCCUAUACAUCUCAAAUUUACCUCCACAAACACAUCAGAAGAUACCACUAUGAGGAAUAUGAGAGACUGCUACAAUCAGGAGAGUUAAAAGACAUGAACACAAUCACCUCAAUAAGCUCCAGUAUUCAGCAAAUAGCCUCCAUUACACUCAACAGUAACUCCUCUAAUAAACAAAAGCAGAAAGGAGUCUAUCCCUGCUCACAGUGUGGGAAGAGUUUUACUGACCAGCGUCAUCUCAGACAACACCAGCGCAUUCACACAGGAGAAAAGCCCUAUCACUGCUCUGAGUGUGGGAAGAGUUUUAAUAAACUGAGUCAUCUGCAAGCACACUUGCAUAUUCACACAGGAGAAAAACCGUAUCACUGCUCAGAAUGUGGGAAGAAUUUUAUUCAACAGAGUAAUCUACAAAGACAUCAGCGCAUUCACACAGGAGAAAAGCCGUAUUCCUGCUCAGAGUGUGGAAAGAGUUUUAUUCGACGGAGUGAACUACAAACACACCAGCACAUUCACACAGGAGAAAAACCAUAUUCCUGCUUAGAGUGUGGAAAGAGUUUUAUUCGAAAGAAUGAUCUACAAAAACAUCAACGCAUUCACACAGGAGAAAAGCCGUAUCAUUGCACCGAGUGUGGGAAGAGCUUUAUUCAGCAGAGUAAUCUACAAGAACACCAGCACAUUCACACAGGAGAAAAGCCAUAUUCCUGUUUAGAGUGUGGAAAGAGUUUUAUUCGACAGAGUGAUCUACAAAUACACCAUCGCAUUCACACAGGAGAAAAGCCGUAUUCCUGUUUAGAGUGCGGAAAGAGUUUUAUUCGACAGAGUGAUCUACAAAUACACCAGCGCAUUCACACAGGAGAAAAGCCGUAUCACUGCUCUGUGUGUGGAAAGAGUUUUAAUCAACGGAGUAAUCUACAAAUACACCAUCGCAUUCACACAGGAGAAAAGCCGUAUCACUGCUUAGAAUGUGGGAAGAGUUUUAUUCGACAGAGUGAACUGCAAAUACACCAGCACAUUCACACAGGAGAAAAACCAUAUUCUUGUUUAGAGUGCGGAAAGAGCUUCAUUAGACAGAGUGAUCUACAAAUACACCAGCGCAUUCACACAGGAGAAAAGCCGUAUCUCUGCUCCGAGUGUGGAAAGAGUUUUAUUCGGCAGAGUCAUCUACAAAAACACCAACGCAUUCACACAGGAGAAAAGCCGUAUUCCUGCUCAGAAUGUGGAAGGAGAUUUAUUCAACAGAGUAAUCUACAAAAACACCAGCGCAUUCACACAGGAGAAAAGCCGUAUCGCUGCUCCGAGUGUGGGAAGAGUUUUAUUCAGCGAAGUAAUCUACAAAGACACCAGCGCAUUCACACAGGAGAAAAGCCGUAUUCCUGUUUAGAGUGUGGAAAGAGUUUUAAUCGACGGAGUAAUCUACAAAUACACCAGCGCAUUCAUACAGGCGAAAAGCUGUAAGAGUGCUCAAAGUGUGGGAAGAGUUUUAAUCAAAAGAGUAAUUUCAUAAACCACCAACGAAUUCACAUAACAUAUUGGUGGCGAGACCUUAUAAUGGAAUCAGCAGGGAUACGACCGUGUUCUUCUAGAAAACCUCCACACACUCCUGGUCCCACUGACUCACAGCUUUGUGGGGAUGUGCAGACAGAAAAAUAUAUGUCUUCAGAUGGAGGGACAUCAGGCUUUGUAGAACACAUCACCUGUGUGAACCUUCAGAAACAUGUAAAAAAGGAAGAAACUGUAGAUGAAGAAUACUUCUGUGAAGCGACACCAGUCUCUGUGGGACAUAUCACACCUGUGGACCUACAGAAUCAUGUGAAAAAGGAAGACCCUGAAGAUAAAGACUAUCUCUAUGCUGGGAAUUCAAACUCUGUGGAAGAUAUAGACCAAAAUAAUGGAGGAUUUGAAAGGAAGCAUGUAAAAGAGGAAGAAUCUGAAGAUGAAGACAACCUCCGUACAAGGACAGACUGGGACAUGGAUGAUACCCAAGUUUUCUCCUGCACUUGGUGUUCAUUUUCCUAUGCAUCUCGAAUUAACCUCCACAAACACAUCAGAAGAUACCACUAUGAUGAAUAUGAGAGACUGCUGCAAUCAGGAGAAUUAAAAGACAUGAACCAGAUCACCGCAAUAAGCUCCACUAUUCCGAAAACAGCAGCCAUUACACUCAACGGUAACUCUUCUAAUAAACAAACGCAGAAAGGAGUCUAUCCCUGCUCACAGUGUGGGAAGAGUUUUACUGAUCGACGUAAUCUCAGACAACACCAGCGCAUUCACACAGGAGAAAAGCCGCAUCACUGCUCAGAUUGUGGGAAGAGCUUUAAUCAACGGAGUCAUCUUCAAGCACACUUGCAUAUUCACACAGGAGAAAAACCAUAUUCCUGCUCAGAAUGUGGGAAGAGUUUUAUACGACAGAGUGACCUACAUGUACACCAGCGCAUUCACACAGCAGAAAAGCCGUAUCUCUGCUCAGAAUGUGGGAAGAGUUUUAUUCGACAGAGUGAACUACAAAGACACCAGCUCAUUCACACAGGAGAAAAACCAUAUCAUUGCUCAGAAUGUGGGAAGAGCUUUAUUCGACAGAGUGAACUACAACGACACCAGCGCAUUCACACAGGAGAGAAACCGUAUCACUGCUCAGAAUGUGGGAAGAGCUUUAAUCAGCGGAGUAAUCUACAAAUACACCAGCGCAUUCACACAGGAGAAAAACCAUAUCAGUGCUCUGAGUGUGGGAAGAGUUUUUUUCGACAAAGUAAUCUACAAGAACACCAGCGUAUUCACACAGGAGCAAAGCCGUAUCACUGCUCAGAAUGUGGGAAGAGCUUUAAUCGACAGAGUGAGCUACAAAGACACCAGCGCAUCCACACAAGAGAAAAGCUGUAAGAGUGCUCAAAGUGUGGGAAGAGUUUUAAACAAAAGAGUAGUUUCAUCCAACACCAACACAUUAUCAUAGCAUAUUGGUGGCGAAAACCUACACACUCUCCUGGUCCCACUGACUCACAGCCUUGUGGGGAUGUGCAGACAGAAAAAUAUACAUCUUCAGAUGGAGGGACAUCAGGCUCUGUAGAACACAUCACCUGUGUGAACCUUCAGAAACAUGUAAAAAAGGAAGAAACUGUAGAUGAAGAAUACUUCUGUGAAGUGACGCCAGUCUCUGUGGGACAUAUCACACCUGUGGUCCUACAGAAUUAUUUGAAAAAGGAAGAACCUGGAUAUGAAGAUUAUAUCGAUGCUUGGACAUCAAACUCGGUGGAAGAUGUAGAUCAAAAUAAUGGAGGAUUUGAAAGGAAGCAUAUAAAAGUGGAAGACUCUGAAGAUGAAGACAACGUCCGUACAAGGACAGACUGGGACAUGGAUGAUGCCCAGGUACAGGCCCUCUCCUGCUCUUGGUGUUCACUUUCCCAUACAUCUCAAAUUUACCUCCACAAACAUAUCAGAAGAUACCACUAUGAGGAAUAUGAGAGACUGCUACAAUCAGGAGAGUUAAAAGAUGUGAACCAUAUCACCGCAAUAAGCUCCAGUAUUCAGCAAACAGCCUCUGUUACACUCAACAGGAACUCCUCUAAUAAACAAAUGCAGAAAGAAGUUUACCCUUUCUCACAGUGUGGGAAAAGUUUUACUCACCGGAGUAAUUUCAGACGACCCCAGCACAUUCACACCGGAGAAAAACCAUAUCACUGCUCACAGUGUGGGAAGAGUUUUAAUCGACGGAGUAAUCUACAAACACACCAGCGCAUUCACACAGGAGAAAAACCGUAUCACUGCUCAGAGUGUGGGAAGAGCUUUAUUCGACAAAGUGAACUACAAAGACACCAGCGCAUUCACACAGGAGAAAAGCCGUAUCUCUGCUCAGAGUGUGGGAAGAGCUUUAUUCGACAAAGUGAACUACAAAGACACCAGCUCAUUCACACAGGAGAAAAGCCAUAUCACUGCUUAGAUUGUGGGAAGAGUUUCAAUCGACAGAGUAAUCUACAAAUACACCAACGCAUUCACACAGGAGAAAAGCCGUAUCACUGCUCAGAGUGUGGAAAGAGUUUUAAUCAAUUGGGGAAUCUUCAAUCACACUUGCGUAUUCACAUAGGAGAAAAACCAUAUUCUUGCUUAGAGUGCGGAAAGAGUUUUAUUCGACAGAGUGUACUACAAACACACCAGCGCAUUCACACAGGAGAAAAGCCGUAUCAGUGCUCAGAAUGUGGGAAGAGUUUUAAUAGACGAAGUCAACUUCAAGCACAUUUGCAUAUCCACACAGGAGAAAAACCAUAUUCCUGCUUAGAGUGCGGAAAGAGUUUUAUUCGACAGAGUGUACUUCAAAUACACCAGCGCAUUCACACAGGAGAAAAGCCGUAUCAGUGCUCAGAAUGUGGGAAGAGCUUUAUUCGACAGGGUGAACUACAAAGACACCAGCGCAGUCACACAAGAGAAAAACUGUAAGAGUGCUCAAAAUUUGGAUAGAGUUUCAAUAAAAAAGAUUCAUUUUAUACAACACCAGCAAAUUCAUAUAGCAUAAGUGAAUUAUGAUAUUUACUUUUUCAGGUGUGUAAUAAAUAAAUAAAUAAAAACAUAGAAUAAACUGGCCUUUAACAGUUAUCAUGAUUUGUCUAAGGUAUGUACACUACCAUGCAAAAGUUUGGAAUCACUCAGAAAUUGGCUUUUUUUAAAAAAAAUCUUUUUCUCUUUUUUUAUUAUUUUUUUUAAAAAGAAAAUCGCAAUUUAUUUUCAGUUAAAAUAACAUUAGAACAGAUAUACAGUCUUGGCAUUGUUAAUGUUGUAAAUGAUUAUUAUAGUUGGAAACAGCUGGUUAAUGGAAUUAAUGGAAUAUCUACAUAGGCAUAUCAAAGCUCAUUUUUGGCAGCCAUCACUCCUGUGUUUCAAUUACAUUGCCUUAGCUAAUCCUAGGUUACCAUGUAAAAAGGCAAAUAUAUCAUUAGAAACAUGUGUAAUAGCACAGAUGAAAAUAGUUGUACUGUGUAAGGAAGCAAUAACACUGACCUUUAGGCUACUUGGUUAGCUGGAGCGUCAAAAUUUUGUGGGUUUCGUUAUGGAUUCAAAAUGCCAGAAAGAAAGAGCUUUUUUAAGAAACUCAUGAGUUUCUUGUUGUUGUGUGGUGGUGUUUUUUGUUUUUGUUUUUUAGAAAUGACUAUUACAAGUGAGAAAUUGGCUAGUUAUUUUAUAAAGGUGUGUACUACUCCCUGCAGAAAAAAACUGGACUUACUAUGCAUUCGCUGGCCUUUAAAUUUAUAUUUGCAUAAUUACCGUACAGCCCUCACUGCUGCUCGUUCUUCCUAUCUCUCCUAUACUAUUAGGAAAUCUACAUGCAGAUCCAAAUAACUUUUUGCUAUGGUAAAGAAGCUCACUUACCUUCCACAGCAUGCUAUCUCUGGCUCUUAGAAGCUUGUGAAUAGUUUUUCUAAAAAAAAUCAGACAAACCGAAGUCAAUCUCUGAAUCUAUUGCCAAAAAUACCCCUCAUACAGGUGCCCCAUAUGUUUAGUUUAUGACAACUCACUCAAUAUAUGCUUUCUCUGCUUUCAAUCCCACUACACUUCUGCUAUAAGUGAUCUGAUUAUGAAGUCCAAUUCUACAUCCGGCCUGCUUGACCUAUUAUUUUACUCAAAAUGUGUGUUUCUGAAAACUUACUUUCCAGAACUCAUCUGAUAAACUGUGGCCUAGCAUAUGGUAUUCUUCCAGCAGAACUAAAAACUGGCCCCCCGUUCUUAAGAAAUCUGGUCUUGAUAUCUAUCUAUCAUGCAUAUAUCUUGCAUAUAUUGUAUAUCUUGUUUAUUUAUUUUGUUUAUUUAUCUUGUUUAUUUAUCUGUGUAUUAUCUGUUUAUUCUUCUUGUGUAUUGAAUGUAUAUGUUUGCACGGAACAAAAAGGAGUGGCUCUUAAUUUCAUUGUACAUAUGUAUAGUGACAAUAAAAGGCAUUCAUUCAUUCAUUGAUCAUCAAAAUAUGAACACUUACAGGUCAAUCUCAAACUGACCAUUUUAAAGCAAUUUUUAUUACUAUUUUUUUUUAUAAAAGUAGUGGCCUCACAAUUAAGGUCUUAUUUAGAUGCAAAUGGUCUCUUUGAACCUUUCCGGUCUGGAUUUCGUCCAGAUUGCAGCACUGAAACUGUUCUUCAUGUGGUUAAUAACAUUCUCCUGUCCAUUGAUUCUUUGUUAAUAAACAUUUAAAUUCUCCUCGAUCUAAGCUCUGCAUUUGACACGGUCUGUAAUGAUAUAUUUAUCUCUGGUCUUUCUGAAAUCACUGGUCCAGCUCUCUCCUGGUGAGAGAUUUGGUAACAUCAUACGCAUACAUCAUACUUCAAUUUCAUUGUUAUGCUGAUGACAUCCAAAUUUACCUUACCACCAGCUCUGAUGAGCCAUCUUUUCCUGAUUCAUUCACUGCAUGUAUUGGGGACAUCAAACACAGUAUGUCCCUGAACUUUUUAAGACUAAAUGAUGAUAAAACUGAAAUAUUGUUUAUUGGUUUGAAUACUUCUCUCAAAAGGAUGGAUAUGUCAUUUGAUACUGAUGAGUUUCCUGUUAAAUCAUUUCCUCUGCCUCUUUUUCCUAUUGGCACUUGUCUUUUAAUUCCCAUAUCAACUCUAUAGUUAAAAUCUCUUUUAUACCACUGUUAUAUCUUUGGGAUGGGAAGUUUUUUUUGUGUGCUGUGCAAUAGUUUGUGUGCAGGUCAAACUCCCUCCCAGAGUUUCCAGCCUGCCCUAGCCUGCCUUAUUCCCGCCUGCUAGGAUGACCUCACUGAUUGACGACCAUAUUUAAAGAAGAAGAGGAGUGAGAAUGGUGUGGGAUGUUGGAGGUGGUUACCUGUGAUUUGUUGUUAGGAGAUUGUUUGGUUUGUGUUGCUUGCCCUUGUGGCUAUCAAAUUCUCUAUUCUGACUGCUGUUCUGGUUUUGACUCUUGCCUGGUUUUUGACAUUGAGUUUGGUUGUCCCUGUACCUGUUUGUGUAUUCUCUUCACCAUUGUAUAUAUGUUCACUUGUUUCACUUGGCAGUAGGGGUGUGGCUGCAAUUUCUUUUGGGAGAGGGUCCUUUGUCACUGUUUUUGGCUUAGGUAGUUAGGGAAGUAUUUGUAUUUUCUUUAUUUUCCUUUUAGGUAAGCUAACUACCUAACAGAAUCCUUUUGUUUAUUAUUUUGGCCUUGGCCCACCCUGAAGUUAAGUCUGGUGUCUGGUUCUUUGUGUAGUUUUAUUUAUAUGAUUGUGUGUUACAAUAUACCACAUCUUUUUUUGAACAACCCUG